UCCAACAUCCGGGACUUCCCGACCGAAGGAGCGUGUGGAGUGGGUAAGGAGGGCAGCCGCGAGCGCUGGAAAGAAAGGCGGACUGAUGACAGCUGUCAAUGUGGACGAAAAAUACCGCUAGCGCACGAAGACUCGGCAAAUGGGUUUCCUCUGAACCACCGGUGGACGACAGUUGGGCUGUACCGGUCAUCUUUAACGUAAAGCCUUACACAUAUUUGUUGAAGCUUGAGGAACAUCAUGGGGACACAAGGCCCUGGGAGGAAACGCGCCCCUCUGAAAGACCGCUUCUCAGCAGAGGAAGAAGCUCUGAGUAGUAUCGCUCGAGAGGCGGAGGCGAGGCUGGCUGCGAAGAGGGCGGCGCGAGCGGAGGCCAGAGAUAUUCGGAUGAGGGAACUGGAGCGACAGCAGAAAGAGCUUUCCUACCACUCGUCCAGCAGUAGCAAUAGAAAAUGGGGUCAGAUUCAUCAAUGGAUGGCUGAGACGGAAAAGGCCAGAGCUUCUAGUAGUAAUAGAUCCAGCAGCCGUCAUCACCGGGAGCUGGACGAUGACGUCAGCUCCGUUCGCAGCUACAGGUCUACAUCAUCAGCCAUGCGCGACUUGGGGUCGAACAAGAGUCGGUCCAGUUCUCGUAGAAAGGACAUGUUGUCUCACGGCCACUCCACUAGCUCCCUCCUCAAGAGUGUCCGCUCCACUAGUUCUGUAUACAAUGACCUGCAUGGCCAUAAAAAGGCUUCGUCCAGCUCCUCCAGAAAAGACCUGCUGACUGGACUGUACCACGAUCAAAGGAACUACACCAGCCUUCCCAAGACCAAAGCUCCUCCCCUUCCUUCCACUUCCUCCUAUCAGCCUCGGGCCGCCUCCGCCUCCUCCUCCACCUCUGGCACAGGGCUGUCUCGCAGCUACAGCAUGGCAUCGAUUUAUGACGACACGGGUCUUUACGGCUCAAGUUACAGUUCAAGAGCUCCCUCUGAAUACAGCUGGUACUCCUCUGGAGCCAGCUCCACGCGCAGCAGCCCCGUGCACUCCUCAUCCGAAGAGGACACCGUCAGCAGCGUGUCCCAGGAGCGCUUCAGCAGGGGACGGAGGGACAGUGCGUCGUCUGACUUCUCGGACAUUAGCGAAUCCGCGGCGGAUUAUUUCAGCCGCUCCAACCGAAGAGGCAGCAUCGUGUCUGACCUUGACGAUUUGAGCAUUCCAGAUUUGGACGCUCUGGAUGAAAAAUGCGACAAACAAUUCUCCGACUUCAGCCGGCCGUCGUCUCGCUGCACCACCCCAGGCCUGUCUCCAGCCACCCUGGCCUCACUGGGCGGGACCUCGUCCAGAAGAGGGAGCGCCGACGCCGGCAGCACGUACGACCCCGACACCAGUCUGAGCGAGCUGAGGGAUAUCUAUGAACUAAAGGACCAGAUUCAGGAUGUAGAGGGGCGGUACAUGCAAGGGCUUAAAGAGCUGAAGGAGUCCCUCACAGAAGUGGAGGAGAAGUACAAGAAAGCCAUGGUCUCCAACGCACAGCUGGACAAUGACAAAGGCAACCUCAUUUACCAAGUGGACACGCUCAAGGACGUCAUCGAGGAGAUGGAGGAGUCCAUGUCAGAGAUGAAGAGGGAGCUGGAGGAGAAGACGAAGGAGCUGGAAAGACAGAAACACACCUGCUCGGUUCUGCAGCACAAGCAAGAAGAACUGAAAGAGGGGAUCCGGCAGAGAGACGAGCUCAUAGAGGAGAGCCAGCGAAUGCAGACUAAGUUAGACGCUCUGACCAGGGAGGUGUUUGAUCUCCAGGAAACUAUAAACUGGAAGGACAAAAAGAUCGCGGCCCUAGAGAGACAGAAAGAGUACUUUGAUUGCAUUAGGAAUGAGAGGGACGAGCUCAGAGAUGAGCUCGCCGACAUCAAGGCGAAGUCCAAGGCGGGAGAGAAACACGGGCUGGUGGUGGUUCCAGGCAGCAUACCAAACGGAGAGGUGGAGGAGGAGCCUCUGUCCUCAGGGAUCACGCUGGUCUCCCAGGAGGCGGCUCAGGUUCUGGAGUCUGCAGGGGAAGGUCCGCUGGAUGUGAGGCUACGGAAGCUGGCCGAGGAAAAAGAGGAGCUGCUGUUUCAGAUCCGGAAGCUGAAGCAUCAGCUGGAGGAGGAGCGGCAGAAACACGCCAAGGUGGACGGCGUUUUCACCGAAGGGGAGAAGAUGGAGAACGGUACGGACUUGAGCUUCAUCGAGAUGCAGAGAGACGCCAACAGACAGAUUAGUGAAUACAAGUUCAAGCUUUCUAAGGCCGAACAAGAAAUAACCACCAUGGAGCUAAAUAUCACCAGACUGGAAGCACAGAUGGCUCGGUACAAAGUGGCAGCGGAUAACUCUGAGAAGGUAGAAGACGAACUCAAGGCGGAGAAACGGAAACUUCAGAGAGAGCUGCGCACAGCUCUGGAUAAGUUGGAGGAGAUGGAGAUGACCAACAGCCACCUAGUAAAGCGCCUGGAGAAGAUGAAGGCCAACAGAAACGCCCUCCUGGCUCAGCAGUGAGGCCACGCCCAUCACCACAGAAGCCCUCCACUGCGCACUUCUGCCUCCACCGGGAUGUCCGCAGAUCUGUAGCUAACCACACCAAGAACAGACAGCACCUGAACCUGUAGCCCAGGAACUGAACUUUAACAAGCCGUCAUCACUUUGGGGGAACGACUCCACUGAAACGCUGCUGGGAGACUUCUGAGGACAUUUCUGUGGUCACGACAGGAGAAGCUUUUCUCUCUGGCGGACGGGUGCUGGGCUGGUUUUUGGUCGUUUGCAUGAACGGCAGAAUGAUGCUUUUAACCCUGUGGCUGCUCCGGGUCUGAACCAGGUCUUAACCGGGUCUGAACCAGGUCUGAACCGGGUCUGCUCCGGGCCUGAACCGGGUCUUAACCGGGUCUGAACCAGGUCUGAACCGGGUCUGCUCCGGGCCUGAACCGGGUCUGCUCCGGGCCUGAACCGGGUCUGCUCCGGGCCUGAACCGGGUCUGCUCCGGGCCUGAACCGGGUCUGCUCCGGGCCUGAACCGGGUCUGCUCCGGGCCUGAACCGGGUCUGCUCCGGGUCUGAACCAGGCCUGCUCUGUCCCAGCUUCCCUCACACAGUGAAGUGCCUUUUCACACUAGGAGACUGGGGUCUGCACUGCUCAAUGAAACUUUUACCAGGUACAGAACGGCGGAUUUAAAAAGAAAACAAAAAAAAGGUGGUUAUUUGAAAAUAUAUAGAAGCAACUGUUUGAUGCCGUUUCAGUGAUUCUUAUUUCCAAAUAUUUAAGAUUUCUUGAGAAUAAAUGUGGAAUUUGCA